UGAUAAUGCAGGGUGGCGGGAAUUUUAGCGAGACCGUUGGGCAGACAGAACGCGCAGCAGGCGACAGCUAAUUCAGAACGACUGAACCGCUGCUACGUGUCGGCGUUCUGUGGUUUCUGCGGUUGCAGCAGUUGCAGUGUGUAGCAAGGCGCGAGCAUCGCAUUGUGACGACUUCACCGCUGCAUAGUUUGGUGGCCCUGCACACUUUCCACCGAAUUGUAGCCAUGGCACUUACCCCAGCACACUUCCGUGGUUUAGUAGAUGAAGAGACAAGGCGUUUGACAAACAUGUGCCGUUAUUGGGAAAGUGUCACUGCUUCUGAAGCCGACAUAUCCGAGGAAGCGCAAGGUUACAUAAGGAGUGCGACGGGACAAGCAAAGUUGCUCAUGACCGAGCGGUUUGCACAGUUCACUGGAUUGAUUCACGUUUGUGAGAACAACCUCGGGGAAAAGAAAACCACUUCUGAAGACCUUCAAGGUUUCUGGGACAUGGUUUAUUUCCAGGUAGAAGAUGUUAACAAGAAGUUUGAUCAGCUUACCAAAAUGCAGGAAAAUGCAUGGGAACUUGGUCAACAGGCAGAUGCUGACAAAGCAAACAUGCCAAGAGUUGGAUUGAAAACUAAUAAUAUGAAGACCACAAAACCUGUAUCAAGAAAAUGUCUGCCCACAGAGACGCAGAAAGCAAGGAUUGCAGCAUCACGAAAGCGUCUUGCUGAAGCAAAAGCUCGCAUGGCUACCACAGCUACUGCACAAGCAUUUGCUGGAGCUGCUGACAAAGAGAAUGCUGUUCUCUUCGAAGCACCAAACUUCUUUCUUGUGUCAAGCCCUGCUCGACCAAAGCAAAAUAAACCAAGAUGCCCGCAAGGAACACCAAGAAGCCUUCAAAAAACUCCAAAUCGAAAGGAUUUUUCACCACUGAUGCAUGUUACACGAUCAGCAAAAAAAGCACUCCUUCAGCAUAACUGAAGGAUUUUUCACUGAUCUGUGGGGAAAAAAAAAACACCUGCAUAAAUGAGCGAACGCCUUUAUUCAUUUUCUUGGGCAUCAACAAAAAUUAUUUCUAAUUCCUACAUGACAAUGUACUUCAAAGUGUAAAGUUUUUGCAACACUAAAGCACAUAGCAAGAUUUACUAUUGCUGAUAUUCACCUUUCAUGUCUUUCCAAAUAAAUGCUUGUUGGUCUGCA